CUCAUUCUCAUCUGCAAUAUCCAGAACCAUCAUGAUGCAGUUCACUAUCUUCACCUUGGGCGCACUCGCGGCCUCUGCUGUCUGCUCACCCCUCGCUAUGCCAGCCGCUGUCGCUGGUGAGCUUGAGACGCGUCAAGCGAACAACUGCACUGGGUACUAUUCGGACUUAUCCGGAUACGUCUGCACUGUGCGCCCAUACGACUGCUCGGCCUUCUACACUGUCCAGCCUUCGGACACUUGCCUCAGCAUUGGCAAGGUUUUCAACAACUUCACACUCACACAAUUCUACAAGUGGAACCCAUCUAUCGGCCAGACCUGCUCUGGUCUUCAGGCCUAUGUUCCGGUCUGCAUAAACACACCCUGGUACCACUACACUCCUCCGGUUCAGCCCCCCUUCGGCACUCACUGGACACCCGACCAAACUCCUGUCCCGACUAUGCCAAACGUCAUCUCCAGCUGCCAGAUCUUUGAACUCGUCGAGCCCGGCAAGCCCGUUGUUGCUCUGGCUGCAGAGAACGGUUUCGACCAGAGCAAGUUCGCAGAGUGGAAUGGCGGUGCAACGACUGCUUGGGCUUCUUACUGGGCUUGCGUGAAGGCUUAGUUGAGCAGCUUUCACGAAGUGGACCCAAGUACAUCUGUUGCGAGUGAGGUCUUUAAGAUACGAGUAUAGCGGCGGAGUUGGGAAAUCAUACAUGACUGGUAACGACCAAGCUAGAAAGAUUUGGAGACAGAAGCAUAUAAGCAAAGAAUGAACAUGGAUUAAAAAGUC